AUGGGUGAAAGCUGCUACCAAUCUCUAGUACUCCCCAGCCUCCAGCCUGAAGACGAACCGGGCACUGAAGCCUGUGUGCUCAGCAGCGCCCCCUCUGGCUACAGACCUGCUAUUAACGUGAUGGACAUGAUGGAACACCAUCCCUCCCCCCAACGCACCGCUGCCGGCGUCCCCGGGCCUCAGCGCUGCACAACGCUCUCCAUAACGUACGGACACAACGCCCUAAUCCGAAUCCCCCAGGAGCGCUUCCAGCCCUCCGCUCCUCCACCACCGUCUGCCCUGCCCACCCCCGACCGCGCGCCAGCGGCAGCCGACACGUUCCAGAAGAUCCAGCUCUCGUCGUCGGAUGAUGAUGAGGAGUGUGGUGGUGAUGAAGGCCCGGGGCACAGCCCUGUCCUCACCGGCCCAGCGGAGCUGUGGGAAUCAUCCAGACGUCUGCUUCCCAGGGCACUGCCGGGGGCGCAGAGCCCCGGCCAGAGGGGGGGAGAGCCAGGGGCGCAGAGCCCCGGCCAGAGGGGGGGAGAGCCAGGGGCGCAGAGCCCCGGCCAGAGGGGGGGAGAGCCAGGGGCGCAGAGCCCCGGCCAGAGGGGGGGAGAGCCGGGGGCGCAGAGCCCCCGCCAGAGGGGGGGAGAGCCGGGGGCGCAGAGCCCCGGCCAGAGGGGGGGAGAGCCAGGGGCGCAGAGCCCCGGCCAGAGGGGGGGAGAGCCAGGGGCGCAGAGCCCCGGCCAGAGGGGGGGAGAGCCGGGGGCGCAGAGCCCCGGCCAGAGGGGGGGAGAGCCAGGGGCGCAGAGCCCCGGCCAGAGGGGGGGAGAGCCAGGGGCGCAGAGCCCCCGCCAGAGGGGGGGAGAGCCAGGGGCGCAGAGCCCCGGCCAGAGGGGGAGAGAGCCAGGGGCGCAGAGGGGGGAGACGGGGAGGAGAUGUCUUGACAGCAUCAACAGGCCCGGGGAAAUCCCCCGUCGUGCCUCGACGGUAUCUCCCGCCUGCAGGCCACCUGUCACUCAGCCCGUCCCCGCCCCCUGCCGGUUCUCCCGGGUCUUUAACAGCUGGUCCCCGGCCGCCGGCGGCGAUGGCGGCGGUGAUGGUUAUGAUGAUGAUGAUGGUGAAGGUGAGGUCCCCCUGGCGGUCGAGACCUUCCAGGGGUUUGAGAUGAAGCAGCAGUUCGACGAGGUCGUGCAGGAGCUUCAGCAGUUCUUUGAGAUCGGGAUGAGCGACCCGUUGGACUUGUCGUCGUCUGAUUGGGGGUCGGUUCUGAACGGAGCGGAGGAGACUGGAGCGCCAGGCCCUGGAGGGGAUCAGACGAGCCCUCUGAUGGAGAGCCUCGGGGGGACGUCCUCAGACAUUGAAGCAGCCAUCUCCCUGAGAAUGAAAGACAACGAUGAAGACGGCAGGGGAGUCUGCGGCCUGAUGGCUCAUGGAUGUUCUCCAGAACCAGUGGCCCCUCCUCAGGAUACUGGGACCAGUGAGCCUGACCAGCAGGUCCCCCCCGCAGACUGGAGGCCGCCCUGCCUGGACGGGGAGGACUCAAUGUACUCCGCAGGGGAGCACAGAGAAGAGAAUGAGAAAAAAGAAGACCACAUCAUCCAUCGGGCAGUAUCAGCAGUUCCUGAGUCCAGGGAGAAGAAAGAGAAAGAACUGGUGUGGAGCCCGUCCUUCCAGUCUCAGCUGUCAGGGAUGCAGUACAGCCAACGACAGACCGAUCCACACCGGAGACUGGAGCCACUGAAGACCUGUGCUCGGCCAAUCAGGGUCGGGCUUUCAAAGCGUGCCAAGACCUCUCAUCUGCACCGUAAUCACCCCUACAAGUAAACAGAAUGUGCACCAAAGACCCCACACCGAUGUCCGUGAAGCUGAAGCUGAGAGGGAGUAGCAGUAUCUCUUGUUCUUGUUGUGUUGAUGUUCCAGAUGGUUGAAUUGGUUUCUGAAUGCGUUCCUGCACAUCUUAUUGCAGCCUAGUUAAUCGCUUGUUCAAUAUCAGUCACCAUCAACGGUGAUUCUACCCACUUCUAGAGUGCAUUUCUUCACAACUACAUGGUUUAACUGUUCAGUGGAAAUGCAAAUUCGACAAUCUGAGAAAAAGGAGGUUUGCUCUGCUCUAGCGCUGAUUAUCUCCUAGGACUGCUACUUUUUGGCUUUCCCUUUUGGCCGUUUCCUUAUGUUUUCAUACAACUUGUGUGUGUUCAGUCAAAUUUAAGUUAUAAUGACAAAAUAUGCUUGUUAUUCACUAUUUAUAUGCUGCUGUUGUGUGCAGUUUUAACCUAUUUAUACCUUACUGAAGGAAUCGAUUCCCAUGUAUUUAUACCAUAUUAUAUCUGUAUUUAUUUACCAUAUUUGAUUAGUAUUUAUUUGUCUGUGCAGCGUCACAUUUGUCGCCAUGUGUUGACUCUAUUCAAACUGUUCUGUGUGGGAGUUUGCAAUCAGGGCUGCGAAUGUUAUGUUAUUGAUGCGUUUGUUGAUUCUUUCACCCAACCAUUAAACUGAUU